UUUUGCUCAAUUUUUAGAGUACCUAAUAAAAUGCCAGCAAAUGUGAAACUAAGAGAUUUAAUCCGUUCAAUAAGAGCUGCUCGUACAGCAGCAGAUGAAAGAGAUGUUAUUUCAAAAGAGUGCGCUCUUAUUAGAACAUCUUUUAGAGAAGAGGAUAAUGAUGCAAGAUCAAGAAAUGUUGCAAAGCUUCUUUACAUCCAUAUGCUAGGUUUUCCUGCUCAUUUUGGUCAACUGGAAUGUUUAAAAUUAAUUUCAUCACAAAAGUUUAAUGACAAGCGAAUGGGUUAUUUAGGAGCCAUGAUGCUUCUAGAUGAAAAGCAAGAUGUUCAUCUUCUUAUUACGAAUUGUUUAAAAAACGAUUUGAAUCACUCUUCUCAUUAUGUACAAGGUCUGGCUCUUUGUACUCUUGGAAGUAUAUGUUCACAAGAAAUGAGUAGGGAUUUAGCCGGAGAAGUGGAGAAAUUACUGAAGACAGGAAAUUGCUAUAUAAAAAAGAAGGCUUGCUUAUGCGCUGUACGCAUCAUUAGAAAAGUUCCUGAGCUGAUGGAAAUGUACAUUCCAAUUACCAGAUCUCUCAUAAGUGACAAUAACCAUGGUGUUCAGUUGACAUCAAUUGUAUUAAUAUCAGAAAUGUGUGUUCUAAACCCAGAUGUUACUACGCAUUUUAGAAGGUUUGUUCCUAACUUAGUUCGUUUGUUAAAAUCACUGACACAGUCUGGUUAUUCCCCAGAACAUGAUGUCAACGGAAUAAGUGAUCCAUUUCUUCAGGUGCAUAUCUUGCGAUUAUUACGAAUACUAGGGCACAAGGAUUCUGAUGCAAGCGAGAGUAUGAAUGAUCUGUUAGCUCAGGUUGCCACAAACACAGAAACAACGAAAAAUGUUGGUAACGCAGUACUUUAUGAAACUGUAUUAACAAUUAUGGACAUUAAAUCUGAAAGUGGUCUGAGGGUUCUUGCUGUAAAUAUAUUGGGCAGAUUUUUAUUAAAUAAUGACAAAAAUAUUAGGUAUGUAGCUUUAAAUACAUUAUUGAAAACAUUGCAGAUGGACAGUAAUGCAGUUCAGCGUCAUAGAACAACUGUUUUAGAAUGCUUAAAAGAUCCUGAUAUAUCUAUAAGAAGGAGGGCAAUUGAGCUUUCAUUUGCUCUUGUUAAUUCAAGCAAUAUUCGAAGCAUGAUGAAAGAACUUUUAUCUUUCCUGGAAACUUGUGAUGUUGAAUUCAAACAGUAUACUACCUCUAAUAUUAUUAGUGUAGCAGAAAAAUAUGCACCUAACAAACGAUGGCAUAUUGAUACAGUAUUAAAAGUCUUAACAUUGGCUAGUCAAUUUGUUCAAGAUGAUGCAGUAUCUAACCUAAUUAUGUUGAUCUCUAACACUAGCACUUUGCACACAUAUACUGUUCAACAGUUGUUUAAAUCUAUUCAGGAGGAGCGUAGUCAAGCAGCUCUGCUACAGGUUGGAGCAUGGUGUAUAGGAGAAUUUGGUGAACUACUUCUUUCUACAGAUCUUGAAGAAGAUGAGCCACUAAAUGUGACAGAAUCAGAUGUCAUCAAUGUUUUAUCUGGGAUACUUAAUAGUGUGUUUUCAAGUCGUGUGACUAAAGAAUAUGCUCUUACAGCUCUUAUGAAAUUGACAACACGGUUUGCUACAUGCGCUGAUCAAAUUCAAUAUAUAAUUAAUAACUAUACUACUAGUACUGACAUUGAGCUGCAGCAGCGAUCAGUUGAAUAUGAUGCUGUUUUUCGAAAGUAUGAUCACCUUCGUAUAGGUUUGUUAGAAAGGAUUCCUUUAUUCAAAACCGAAAAAACUUCAAAUGAAAAUACAAUUCCAGCUGUGGCUGCUGUGAAUGGUAAUGUUACACCAACAGAGAAACAUAGUAUGAACCUUGGUGUAAAUUCUCAUCAAAAUGAAUCUGACUCACUCCUAGACUUACUUGGUGAUGGCUUGCCAACUUCCCCUUCUGCAGGUGUAACUCCAUUACCUCAAAAUCAAUUUUCUGGAGGCUUGAUGGAUCUUUUAGGCGAUAUUAAUGUAACACCAUCUGUACAGUCAACUCCAAUUGCUCAAAGUGGAAAUUAUGAUUUGAAUGAUUUAUUAGGAAUGGGUAUGAAUAGUAAUGCUUCUCCAGUUACUACCAGUUUAGCUCGAAAUGUAUUAGAUAUUCCGUCUAUCACUGCCUAUGAAAAGAAUGGGUUAGCUAUUAUAUUUUCAUUUAAUACAAGUCAGCUUAAAGCAACAGAUUCGUUUAUAGUUACCAUGGUUGCAAAAAAUUCAAAUGCAGCUUCUUUAAGUAAUUUUCUCUUUCAAGCUGCUGUUCCAAAGACAUUUCUGUUACAAAUGCAGCCACCUUCCGGAAACGUGAUAUUACCCGGUGGAUCAAUUACACAAGAUAUGCUUGUUACUAAUCCAAACAGGGAUGUUGUCAAAAUGCUGCUUCGCAUAAGUUAUGUUAUCAAUGGACAAACAGUUCAAGAACAAACUCAAGCGAGUAAUUUUCCUAAUGCACUUCAUGAUUAUUAAAUAUUUCGGCUUUUUCAUGGUUUUUUAUGAGAUCUUUUAUGUCCCAUGAACAUCUUUUCAUGAUGACCAAGUUGUUUAGGAUUAUUUACAAGAUAAUAUUUGAAUAACUUAUUGUUUAACUAAGUUGUUUAUAAAUUAAAGUUUACCAGCUACUCUUUUUUAUGUGCAUUUUAUUUUCGUGUGCAGAAAAUAUUGAUAAUUUUCAAAUUCUCUAAAAAUUAUUAAUUUGUUAGGUGUAAUGCUUAAAGUUGAGCUCAGUUGCAAUAAUUUAAGUCUCUUGGUGUGUAUCACACCUGUGUUUUUGGGUUCAAAUUUUAUUUAAGCGUUUUUUAUAUAUUUUGAACAAUUCGCGAACCAGCAGUAGCAUCUAAAAUUGUAUUUAUGUUUAUUGUGGCAUAAUUUUGUAUAAUAUUAUUAUUUUUAUUUUCUUACGCUGUCCAAUUUUCGAAUACAUUGAUACAUAAACUUAAA